UUGGUUUUAUUUGAUAAAAUUAAAUAUUUAGAGUUCAUUUUUAAUAGGGAAGUUACACAUCUACAGAAAUUACGUAAGUGAGUAUUACUUAGUUGUAAAAACCUUAUCGAUCAGAACUCUCAGUAAUUUAAAAUCGCGACAAGGAAUAUUAUUAUUUGAAGAAAUAUUUUUUAUUAUAAUAAAUAAAAAUGAGUGAACAUGUAAAUGGAACGAAACCCAUAAGAGUUUGGUGUGAUGGAUGUUUUGAUAUGGUUCAUUUUGGUCAUGCGAAUUCACUGCGACAAGCAAAAGCUUUAGGUCAUUAUUUAGUUGUCGGUAUUCAUACAGAUGAAGAGAUAUCUAAACACAAAGGUCCACCUGUAUUUACUGAAAAAGAAAGGUAUAAAAUGGUUAGAGCUAUAAAAUGGGUUGAUGAAGUAGUAGAAGGAGCUCCAUAUGUGACAAAUCUUGAAACUUUGGAUAGGUAUAAUUGUGAUUUUUGUGUUCAUGGAGAUGAUAUAACAGUUACUGCUGAUGGAGUCGAUACAUAUCAUUUUGUGAAAAAAGCUAAUAGAUACAAGGAAGUAAAACGCACUGAAGGAAUAUCAACAACUGAUGUAGUUGGCCGUAUGUUGCUUAUGACUAGGCAACAUUUUUACAGAGGAGAAAAAGAAUAUGAAAUAGAAAAAGAACGAUCUACAAUAAUGGGACAAGAUUGCUUAGCCAGAAGUCCUUGGACUGGAUGUUCUCAAUUUUUACCAACUACUAAAAAAAUUAUUCAAUUUAGUGAAGGCACUGAACCCAAACCAACAGAUAAAGUUGUUUAUGUUGCUGGAGCUUUUGAUAUAUUUCAUGUUGGUCACCUAGAUUUUUUAGAGAAAGCACGUCAACUAGGAGAUUUUUUGAUAGUAGGCCUUCAUACAGAUCCUGUGAUAAAUCAAUAUAAAGGUUUUAAUUACCCUAUUAUGAAUUUACAUGAACGUGUUUUAAGCGUUCUUGCUUGUAAAUAUGUAUCUGAAGUAGUAAUUGGAGCACCAUACAGUGUAACAGUUGAUUUAAUGAAUCAUUUUCGUGUUGAUGUUGUAUGUCAUGGUAAAACUACAUUGAAAAUGGAUAUUAAUGGUCAAGAUCCAUAUGCUGUUCCUAAAUCUAUGAAUAAAUUUGUAACAUUGGACUCAGGAAACAACAUGACCACAGAAAAAAUUGUUGAGCGUAUCAUAAAUAAUAGGCUAGAAUUUGAAGCAAGAAAUCAAAAGAAGGAAGCAAAAGAACUGGAAAUAAUAAAGCAAUUAAAUAAAGAAAAAAUAGUAGUAUGUUAACUAGUAUUUUAAAUUUUAAAUUAUUAAAUUCAAUAUAGUAUAUUUAUACAAAAAUAUUAAAUUUAUAUAAAUAUAUGUUACCUAAUUGUUGCAUGGUUUGAAUUUUUUUAUAUUAUUUUUGGGUUAAAAUUACAAUACUUGGAAACUUAAUAGAAUUUUUUUGUUUUUAAACUUUAACUAUUUUAAAAUACUCAUUAUGGUUCAUUCCUCGCUAGUUAUUUGGUGACUGGUAAUUAUUUAUUUUGUGUGGUUAUGUUAUGUGAUAUAUAUUUUUUGUUUUCAUUUUUUAAGCAAUUAUUAUAUUUUAAAGUAUAGUUUAUUCUUAACUCAGUGCCAAAUUUAUAGUUUGUUUUAAAUUAUACCAAAGUUUUUUUGUAAGCCUCCAAUUGUUUUAAUUAAUUCUUGAUAGUAUACUAAAUAUAUA